UCUUUCUUUAUGCGGAUGUAGAAUAAUUCGCAUGAAAAUCUGUCUCCAAGUGAAUGGAAACCUCGCUACCUUUCAAACAUGUUUUUUUGCCGCGCACUGUACAAGGUUGUAGGUUGCAACACGAGUCACAUCGUUUGACUCCAGAAAUAAAACCUGGGUUCCUUCCCUCGUUCUAACGAUAACCGCUACGGGAGAAGAAUCUUCUUCAUUUAACGAAGGUGUUGGCAGGUUGCAGUUGUAACCUGCUAUACCAGACUCGCAAUAACCUCUCCGGGGUGUACUGGCUGAACAUGUGUGGAUGCCGGGCGAACACACACAUACAGUGCAGACAGUGGGAGAAUGCUGUUGCAAUAAGGCUUGGUGGAACUUGUACUGCACUUCACAGCAAAACAAUAAACACAUUAAUCUGAAGAGACACCUGUCUGGUGGGAUUUCACUGAAGAGUUCGCAAACUGGACUGUCUAAUUUGGAAAAAGAAAGACAACAAUACAUACAGUAUUUUUUGGAUGAAUAUAAAUAAAAAAUAAAUAAACAUCCUCUGAAAUUGUCUUUCUGAACAUAGAAAAAAGUGCUUUAGUUUGUAAAGGCAUUCCCUGCCGAUCAGAACAGAGAAGUAGAGACUCGUGUCGUUCUUAAAAACUUAAUCUAAGUGGUUUGGUGCACAUUUCUUCUUAUUUCAUAUCAACCACCACGUCGUGUCUCUCAUUGGAGAGAUCGCAGUGAAAUAACGGACUCCUUAACCGACGCGAUCACAUCAGAUGAAUCCUUUUCAAAGAGAAGGACUAGGCUAUCACUGAGCUCACAUCAACCCACAAUAAUGCCUACAGAAACACAAGCAAGUGGCUGUACAUGUCAAACUACGUUUGGAUUGUCAGGAAUUCGCAGCUCUCGUCCCGUUGAGCAACAUCAGUAGCUGUCACCUCCCUCUCUUCCCCCCCCUCCCUCCAUCCCUCUCUCCUCUCCUCUCAAGCCACUCCCACUGACCCCCUGACACCUCCCUCUCUUCUCCCUCCCUCCCUCUCUCUUUCCGUGAGGUCCUGUUAAGCCACUCCCACUGACCCCCUGACCCCUCCUUGCCAUGGAAAGCCUGAGCGAGCUCCAGAACCCACUCUUGGACAAGAACAGUAAGCACGUCGUCAACGGUUACGGGGGCGACUUCCCUACCGACCAGUACCAGGAGAAUAUUAUCAACUACUUCGUAACCGGCAGCGACGGAGGAGGAGGUGGUGGAGGAGGUGACACUAGCAAUGGUGCGGUGGCCCACGUGGGACAAAACAACAGCAACGGCAAAAUGAAAGCUCAACAACUCCUGGACGCCACCUCCCUCCAUCUGGCCGUUGAGGCCUUCUACAGGCCUAACUUCAUCCUGUACAAGGAGGAAGGGGGAGGAGGAGACGGAGUCAAGGCCAAGGAUUAUAAGAGCGAGUGCUGCGAGACUACCUUCACAGAGAAGAAAGAGAAGGAGAGGGAGCCGUCUGUAGCAGUGGAGACCCCCGGCAGCACAGAGGACCCUCAUGCCAAGCUGCUGGAGGACGGAGACAACGUUAAGAUACAGACGGUCUCCUACGAGGUGGAGGAGGAGGAGUAUGUAGAGUAUGAGUGUUGA